AUGGCGGGAAUAACUAAGUUUUGGCGCACUAAAUCCCCAAAAUUUUUACUAAAAUUCUUUUCCCUCCAUUGGAAUCCUACUAGCCCCAUCGUUGCCUAUUAUUUUUCUUCUUCGUCAUUGCUACUUAAAGCUAGAUCCAUUGAUCAGCUAGGAGUGAGUUUUGGUUCGUUUGAAGGAUUUGGACAUUUGGGUAUCCAUCAGCAGCUGAGUGAAUCACCAGUUUUGGGAUGGAAAAUACGGUGUGCCGAAUUAUGCCGUUUCUCGUGUUACUUCGAAGGUAGUCGAAGCUCCAUCAUGAUCAAAUCUGCUGACGGGAAGAUUUCUGAUACCCUCGUGAAUGGGGGUUUGGGUCAUCAUAAAGAUUCUAAUUCUGUAAACGGGAAGUUAGAGACAUUCAAGGACCUUAUCAUCUAGCCUUGCUCUGCAUGUCUUCUUUUUCAUAUAGUCCGGAGUCCAAAGUCAUCUGCAUAAAGAAGUAAUGAGAACAGAAGUCUGUAGAAUGCUGAGACUGAUUUCAACAAAUGUACCGAAAUCAUCUUUGAGUUGAAGAGGAAAAGAGGUGAAAGAAGAUGAUGGGAGGCGGGUCAAGCUUGUGAUGAUUCCCGAGAUUUUGUCAGCACAAUUGCAUUAAGCAUUUAGCUGGUUCUCUGAGAUUUUACUUUAGUUUAUUUUUUCUAGUUUCCCGCCAUUUUUAUUCUGACCAGUUCCA